UUGCCCAGGCUGGAGUGCAGUGGUGCAAUCUUGGCUCACUGCAGCCUCCGCCUCCCAGGUUCAAGCAAUUCUCGUCCCUCAGCCUCCUGAGUAGGUGGGAUUACAAGCGUGCACCACCAGGCCCAGCUAAUUUUUUUGUUUGUUUGCUUUGAGAUGGAGUCUUGCUCUGUUGCCCAGGCUGGAGUGCAGUGGUGCGAUCUCGGCUUACUGCAACCUCUGUCUCCCAGGUUGAAGCAAUUCUCCUGCCUCAGCCUCCAGAGUAGCUGUGAUUACAGAUGCACGCCACCAUGCCCAGCAAAUUUUUUUGUAUUUUUAGUAGAGACGGGGUUUUGCCAUAUUGGCCAGGCUGGUCUUGAACUCCUGACCUCAUGAUAUGCCCGCCUCGGCCUCCCAAAGUGCGGGAUUACAGGCGUGAGCCACCGCGCCCAGCAAUUUUUUGUAUUAUUAGUAGGGAUGGGGUUUCGACACGUUGGCCAGACUGGUCUUAAAUUCCUGGCCUCAAGUGAUUCACCCACCUUGGCCUCUCAAAGUGCUGAGAUUACAGGUGUGAGCCACCACACCUGGCCAAGAUAGUAAAUAAAUAAACAAGGAAAAUACAUAGUGUACUGUAGAGUAAAAGCAGCAGAGAGAAUAGAGAAUUUGAAGGAAAGUAGGUAGAUUACUGUGCUGGAGGUGGUGGUGUUGCUAUUUUAAACAGGAGGGCCAUGGAAGGCCCCUCCGAUCAGGUGACAUUUUAAAAAUUUUUAUAUUUUUUUUUGUGAGACAGAGUCUCACUCUGUCACCCAGGCUGGAGUGCAGUAGCGUGAUCUUGGCUCACUGCAACCUCUGCCUCCCGGGUUCAAGCGAUUCUCCUGCCUCAGCCUCCCGAGUAGGUGGGAUUACAGGUGCCCACCACCAUGCCUGGCUAAUUUUUAUACUUUUUUAGUAGAGACGGGGUUUCACCAUGUUGGCCAGGCUGAUCUUGAACUCCUGAUCGGCCUGUCUCGGCCUCCUAAACUGCUGGGAUUACAGGCAUGAGCCACCAGGCCCAGCCAAGAUCAGGUGACAUUUGAGCAGAGAACUGGAGGAGGUGGGGAGGGGGGAACCACGUGGAUAUCUUGGAGAACUGUACAGGGAACAGUGUGCAAAAGCCCUGGUAGUAGCCAAUAUAGACGGAGUAGGAGGGAGAGGAGCAGGGGAUGAAGUCAGAGGAGUGGCACAGGGUCAGAGGACAGAGGGUCUUGUAGGCCAUUAUAAAGAUUUCGGCUUUUACCCUUAGUGAGAUGGGAAGUCAUUGGAGGCUCUUGAGGAGAUAAUACGGAAGCUGUAGAGAGGUUAAAUAGUUUUUCCAAGGUUAAACAGCUUGUAAGUGGCAGAAGGUAGGGAGUUAAGCUCCAAGGCUGAAGUUCUUAACCCCAUACUGCCACUGAACUUUAGCCUUCUUUAUUUGGGCAUUGCUCUCCUGUGACUUCAAAGAAACUGGGACACUGGGAAGUUAUGCGGCUUGCCCAAGGCCACACAGCUGGUAAGUGACAGGGGCAGGAUUGCGCCUUAGUCUGUCUGCAGCCCGACGCCAAGUUCUUUACACCACACCGCCUCCCUCAGGUGUCUGAACCAUACUGGCUUCUCUUGCAUGGAGGUCACUGUAGUGGGAGAGGAGGCAAACCGAGGAGACCGUCUCGUCUUCGGGCAGCGGUGCUGUUCUUUAGGAAGCUCCAAUCCUUGGCUCUACCGGACUGCGGGCAUCUUUCCCGAGCACUGCACGGAGGAAAAGAAAAUUGGCCUUCAUUUCAGGGUGGCCCCGCAGGCAUCCAAGAGCCAGAGGAGCAGGUGUCACGGGAAGGCAGCGAGCGAGGCCAGGCCAGGAGGAGCAAACUCAGCUGCCUAUUGUCGCCCCUUCCCGACCCACCCCAGGCGUCUGGAGUUCCGCGCCGGGGUCGUCCGGGGGCUCACCAUGCUGGUGACUGCCUACCUUGCUUUUGUAGGCCUCCUGGCCUCCUGCCUGGGGCUGGAACUGUCAAGAUGCCGGGCUAAACCCCCUGGAAGGGCCUGCAGCAAUCCCUCCUUUCUUCGGUUUCAACUGGACUUCUAUCAGGUCUACUUCCUGGCCCUGGCAGCUGACUGGCUCCAAGCCCCCUACCUCUAUAAACUCUACCAGCAUUACUACUUCCUGGAAGGUCAAAUUGCCAUCCUCUAUGUCUGUGGCCUUGCCUCUACAGUCCUCUUUGGCCUAGUGGCCUCCUCCCUUGUGGAUUGGCUGGGUCGCAAGAAUUCUUGUGUCCUCUUCUCCCUCACUUACUCACUAUGCUGCUUAACCAAACUCUCUCAAGACUACUUUGUGCUGCUAGUGGGCCGAGCACUUGGUGGGCUGUCCACAGCCCUGCUCUUCUCAGCCUUCGAGGCCUGGUAUAUCCAUGAGCACGUGGAACGGCAUGACUUCCCUGCCGAGUGGAUCCCAGCUACCUUUGCUCGAGCUGCCUUCUGGAACCAUGUGCUGGCUGUAGUGGCAGGUGUGGCAGCUGAGGCUGUAGCCAGCUGGAUAGGGCUCGGGCCUGUAGCGCCCUUUGUGGCUGCCAUCCCUUUCCUGGCUCUGGCAGGGGCCUUGGCCCUUCGAAACUGGGGGGAGAACUAUGACCGGCAGCGUGCCUUCUCAAGGACCUGUGCUGGAGGCCUGCGCUGCCUCCUGUCGGACCGCCGCGUGCUGCUGUUGGGCACCAUACAAGCUCUAUUUGAGAGUGUCAUCUUCAUCUUUGUCUUCCUCUGGACACCUGUGCUGGACCCACAUGGGGCCCCUCUGGGCAUUGUCUUCUCCAGCUUCAUGGCAGCCAGCCUGCUUGGCUCUUCCCUGUACCGUAUCGCCACCUCCAAGAGGUACCACCUUCAGCCCAUGCACCUGCUCUCCCUUGCUGUGCUCAUCGUCGUCUUCUCUCUCUUCAUGUUGACUUUCUCUACCAGCCCAGGCCAGGAGAGUCCAGUGGAGUCCUUCAUAGCCUUUCUACUUAUUGAGUUGGCUUGUGGACUAUACUUUCCCAGCAUGAGCUUCCUACGGAGAAAGGUGAUCCCUGAGACAGAGCAGGCUGGUGUACUCAACUGGUUCCGGGUACCUCUGCACUUACUGGCUUGCCUAGGGCUCCUUGUCCUCCAUGACAGUGAUCGAAAAACAGGCACUCGGAAUAUGUUCAGCAUUUGCUCUGCUGUCAUGGUGAUGGCUCUGCUGGCAGUGGUGGGACUCUUUACCGUGGUAAGGCAUGAUGCUGAGCUGCGGGUACCCUCACCUACUGAGGAGCCCUAUGCCCCUGAGCUGUAACCCCACUCCGGGUCAAGAUAGCUGGGACAGACUCUUGAAUUCCAGCUAUCCAGGAUUGUACAGAUCUCUCUGUGACUAACUUUGUGACUGUCCUGUGGUUUCUCCUGCCAUUGCUUUGUGUUUGGGAGGACAUGAUGGGGGCGAUGGACUGGAAAGAAGGUGCCAAAAGUUCCCUCUGUGUUACUCCCAUUUAGAAAAUAAACACUUUUAAAUGAUCA